GGACAACGCAAGAUAAAACUACAUUUCCCAGCAUUCUCUGCUCCGGCAGCGUGUUUAUCCAAUGGUCAUUCGAUGCGCUUUUCUGGCAACCAAUCGGACCGUAAUCUCUUAAUUCUAACGGUUAAAUACCAUGAAAAUCCCUUUUAUCAGCACUUAUUUACUUAAUUGUCCACUACCGGAUACACCACAGCAAUGUUGUGAUUUUGGUGCAAGACACGGGGUUCACAUCGUCACGGAUUUCAAGUUUUGACAAGCUCAAGAUAAAUGACAUGCUGUCAGGUGUCCGCUCGUGUGUCCGCUCGUUGUGCAAAGGUUUUUCGGUUCGCGGCAUGAGUUUAUCGCCACGUCAGAUCAACCGAUGGCCGAGCAACGAGUCCUCCGAGCCUCCCACGGACUGUCCUCGGGUCCUCAUCACAGGUGGUUUGGGACAGCUUGGAGUUGGACUAGCUCAAAUGCUGAGGAAGCAGUAUGGAAAGGAAAACAUCAUUCUGUCGGACAUUAGGAGGCCUCCCACUGAAGUUUAUAACAUGGGUCCAUUUGUAUAUGCUGAUGUGCUGGACUAUAAAAACCUGAGGGAGCUGGUUGUGAAUAACAGAAUCACCUGGCUGGUGCAUUACAGUGCAUUACUCAGUGCUAUCGGGGAAGCUAACGUGGCUCUUGCCCGCACCAUCAAUAUCACAGGUCUACAUAAUGUGUUAGACCUGGCUCAGGAGAACUGCUUGCGACUGUUUGUUCCAAGUACCAUCGGAGCAUUCGGCCCUUCAUCUCCCCGUGAUCCAGCACCUGACCUCUGUAUCCAGAGACCCCGCACCAUUUAUGGGGUUUCCAAAGUCCAUGCAGAGCUGAUGGGGGAAUAUCUCCACCAUAAAUAUGGCCUGGAUUUCCGAUGCUUGCGAUACCCAGGAGUUGUUUCUGCCCACACCAAGCCAGGAGGAGGCACUACUGAUUAUGCUGUCCAGAUAUUUCACGAUGCCCUUAGCUCCGGCCACCAUGAAUGUUACUUGCGCUCCAACACAAGGCUUCCAAUGAUGCACAUAUCUGACUGCCACAGGGCCACCAUUGAGUUUAUGCAGGCCCCUGAAAGCCAACUUUCUCUGCGCACUUACAACAUCGCAGCUAUGAGCUUCACACCUGAAGAAGUGGCGGAGGAGAUUCGCAAACACCUGCCCAACUUGAGGGUCACAUACAAUCCUGAUACCAUCCGCCAGACUAUUGCGGACAGCUGGCCAGUGCGGUUUGAUGACUCGAACGCACGUCAGGACUGGGGCUGGAAGCCUGCGUAUGGCCUGUCAGAGCUGGUCACAGACAUGCUGGCCUCCAUCCGUGAAAAAAAAAACAAUACAGGACUACCUGUCAGCUAGCAGGUCUUCUCAGGGACUGAAACACAGAUCACCAGCAUCUUUCCAGUAUAUUCCAAACUCAUCGAUCUCAAAUUUGGUAGCUAUUUCUUUAGACCAGGACCUUCCGUAAGCUGAACUGUAUGCUUGUGAAGAAAACGUGUAAACCAACAGUGAAACCCACAUUCUCUCACUGCUAAGGAGACUCUGUCUUUUCUUCUCUGUGAUCUGUUCUUACAUAGUUUUUAAGUUGUCAUGGGACAGGGUAGAACAACGAAACAACAAAAUGCUGCUGAAUACAGUAUAAUAAUAGUAAUAAUAGCAUUGCCAGGGGUGCUGUGAGGGGGCUGGAGGUUAGGACGAUUCCAAGGUCCUAACGAGUGAGAGGGAGCCCGAAAUAUGAUUUUUUUUCCAAGGGGGACCCCCAGCCCCCCGGAACAUGAUUGUGGAGGGAGCCUGAGUCAACAAGCUGUUCAGGGGGUUCAGAAACCAUAGCGGCGCCACGGAUCAUUGCACACAUUAUAGCUAGAACUGUAAUUUAAUUAUUUUAGAAACCCCAUGCACUGUAUUAAAAUAAGGUCAGCACCAAGAAAAAAUCUGCCCGUCCCGAACCUCCCCUUCAACACUUUCUGGCAUCUGAUGUUAUAUCUAGUUGUUAUAACACUGCUUUCUAAUCCUAACCAAACAUACCAUUCUCUUUGGCAAGAGUUGAAUUUUGACUCCAUAGAUGCUCCAUUUGUACAAAUACAAUUAGUAGAUAGACACCUCACUCUGUGCACUAGAAUACCCCAUGUAUUGUGUACAAGAGGGAUUGUCUCAGUUUGAACACAGCCAUGGGCAGAAAAUACUUUAAACCACUACUACCUUUAGUGUGAAUCCAAAGAUUACCUUUGUCCCAGCUGCGAUCGCUGAGGAAAUCACAGGUGCCUGAAUUUUGGGUUCUGUUAAACCCACUAUUGUCUGUAUGGGCUAUUUAUUUAGAGUCAGUUAUCAAAGGGCUCUGGGUUCACAAUGCAUAGUUUGGUGGUGUGAAUUAAGUACUUAAUCACUCAGCAUUGCUGAUGUAUUAUUAUACACUGUUAAGAGGUUUUUUUUUUUUUUUUUUUUUUUUUUACAAAUUUUUGUUUACCCAGAACAGCAAAACUACUGGAUAAAUCAGUAGUAAGGGGGGUGUUAUUUGGCGUCGGCCCAUAUGAAAAUCUUAGUCUGACUUCUGUAUAGUUUACUGGUGCAGACAAAUAAAAAAGACUAAUCAAUAUAUGAGAUGCUUAAGAUAUAUAAGACAACAUAUAGAAUGACUCACCUUUCUUCCAAAAGCCAGUGUGAUUUCAGUGUUAAAAGUUGAAAUUGCCUUAAUUUUUACUUAUCAUUUAACCUCAAAAGUUGUUAACGAAUCUCAAAAAGAACUGGUGGAAAAUUGCAGUGUAUGUCAAAUAAAUGGCUUUA